GGCCAAGCGGGGCGGGUCUUCUAGCACAUUCGCUUCCUACAUCUCAGUGUUGCUCAUGGAUGCUAAAGAAAAUUUACACAAAAUUCAAAUUUCUUUCAAGUAAUAAUUUCUAUAACCGCUGUUGCGGUGCGUCGAGAUGGGGCUGCUGACGAUUCUGAAAAAGAUGAAGCAGAAGGAGCGGGAGCUGAGACUGUUGAUGCUAGGUCUGGACAACGCCGGUAAGACGACCAUCCUGAAGAAGUUCAACGGAGAAGAUGUUAGCACCAUCUCUCCAACACUGGGCUUCAACAUCAAGACCCUGGAGCAUAAAGGGUUUAAGUUAAACAUUUGGGAUGUAGGGGGUCAGAAGUCACUGCGUUCCUACUGGAGGAACUACUUUGAGAGCACAGAUGGGCUGGUGUGGGUGGUGGACAGCGCAGACAGACUCAGACUUGAAGACUGCAGAAAGGAGCUCAGUGCACUGCUGCUGGAGGAGAGGUUAGCGGGUGCAACAUUGCUGGUUUUUGCCAACAAACAGGAUUUACCAGGAGCUCUGACAAAAGAGGCGAUAAAGGAGGCACUGGCUCUAGAUGAUAACAAAAGUCACCACUGGUGCAUCAUUGGCUGCAGUGCUGUAACAGGAGAGAACCUGUUAACAGGUGUGGACUGGCUACUAGAGGAUAUUGCUGCAAGGAUCUUCACUGCUGACUAAUUAAAUUCGCAACUGAUGUGACUCAAACGUAAUCAAACUUUGUUUAUCAGUUAUCUGCAGCCAUAUGAUCACUGGACUUGGGGCUUUUGCUUUACUCAAAUUCAGAAAAGUGAAGGACUUGAGUGCAUGAUACAUCCAGAGAUAGAGUGCAAGAUCGGUAACUACUUUGACACGAGUUCCUGUUACAUGGCACUGGACAAUGUAUAAUUUCUUUAGCAUAUUCUAAGAUUGUACCACUCAAAUGAAGGAAAAUAAAGAUUUGUUUAAAUAUCA